AUGUUCGAAGAGUAUCUGGGGGAAUUGAGAGAGCCCUUGAGGGACAUAUCAAUGUUCCCCCCGCCCUUUUAUAACGUAGGAUUGGAGCCGGGGAAGGCGCCGCACGUAUUCAGCACGCAGUCGCUGAGAAUACUAUACAGCCUGCCGCACGACCACGAGGUCUUCUCGUGCAUCGUCAAGUGCCUGAACCUGGUGGAGACGUCAGGAUGCAGAGAAGUGGCCUCGCUGGCAAUCGCAAAGUGCCUGCUGAUGUUCAUAUCUGAGGGGCCAGGGCUGCACUCAGGGCUUAACCUGGAGGUCAUCCUGUGCAUCCUGGACUGGCUCAACAGCUUUAACCCGGCAGUGAAGCAGAUGAUGGCAAACAUACUCUUCUCACUGCCGCUGGACCAGAACAAUAACCUGUUCAACAUCAUGGUGGUGGCAGGACUGCUGAGAUACAGGCUGCUGGAGUGGCCGGACCUGACGCACUACUUCGUGCUCGCGAUGGAAAGAGGGAAAAACCUCUACGCAAUAGAGAUGGCAAUCGUGGUCACAGCAAUAGCACUGAUAGACCAGAAGGCGGCGCCACUGAGCGUGGCAGCGACGCUGCUGAGAGAGCUCUCAGCACUAAACUGCGGCACGGAGCAAUGCAAGACGCACCCAGGAGUGCUUAUCGAGGACGCAAAGGCGAAGCUGCUGAAGGACAUCGUGGAGGCGCAAAACGACCCGAAACCGAAGCCGACCGUAAUGGUCCUGACGACGAUCCUGAAGCAGAACAUGAACACGAAGGUGGGUCUGCAGCACUUCAAGGACAGCACGACAGCAUCAUUGGUGUCGCAGCAGGCGAGUGAACACGCUGACCCGCUGGCGCAUCACGCGGAGAGCAGAGCGGACGAGGAGAUGGACGGGCUCGGAGGAGCGCGCAGAGUGCCUUUGCCAUGCUCAGUGAACGAGUCGCAAAGGUUCCUCUUCGGAGUCCUUUUCGGUCAGUGGAUCGAGUGCAGCAGGAACGUCGAGGGCGACGCGCUGCUCUUCGCAUGGCGCCAGUUCUUCCAAAAGUUUAACCUGCAGGCCUUCUUUAAGAUGGAGGGAGGGACCGACUCGUUCUUCGCGUCGUGCCUGUAUACGAUCAUACACUUUGAAAAGUCGUCAAAGCUAUUCACGCUCGCGAAAAACCCGAACGCGCUAAGUAACAUGAACACGCAGACAAUGGGAGGCGAAGCGACGCCAGGGCUGACGGCGAUUAACGCAGCGGGAGGAAACGAAAGCAGCAGCUCCACGCCGACUGACGCACGGAGCAACGCGAGCUCCUCGAGCAUCGGCUCAAUCGGCAGCGCAAUCACGCUGUACGAGUGCUUCGAAGGGCUCUGCAAAAUGGUCGACGUGAUGCUGAGGCUGGUGGGCGGCGUCGGCGAGAUACCGCCCUGCAGCGCACUGCAGAAGCUGCUCUCCUGCCUCUCAAGCAUCAUCGUGCACGAGGGGCACUACUUCAGGUCCUACAACAUCUGGCUCUCGCUCAUGGUCUACUUCGACCGCUUCGACGAAAGCAACUACGUCCUAUCGAAGCUGACCUUCCUGUGCGCGCUCGAGUACGUUAACCCGACGCGCGUGCCGGGCUUCUCAUUCUUCUUCCUGAGGCUCCUGGUGCACCCCUCGCUCCUCACGGGCUGCCUGAAGUCGACGAAGUGCUGGCCGGUCCUCGCGAGGAUCUUCAACCUCCUCUCGAUAUACACGACUGAGAUCAACAGCUACGGUGCGAGCGAGGAGGAGUUUGGCGGCGCCGCAGGGGCGGCGGCCGCACAGAGCAGGCAGGCCCUGCCGGGAGAGGAGAGCCAGGACCCCGCGAAGGAGCGGGGCGAGGACGGAGACUUCGACGCCGAGAGGAGCGCCGACUACGUGGAGUACUUCACCUGCGUCUACUUCAACUCCGUCGAGUACGUGGCGAGUCUCUGCCCUGACUUCGUGAGCGUCAACUACCUGAACUUCUUCGGCACCUUUGCAAUAGAGCGCCUGGCCUCGAGCGUCGGCUCCGAGGCCGCGCUGGGCCCGAGCCUGGGCAUGAAGGGCGUCGACCUCCUGCCGGAGAUGAAGGUGCCGCCCAAGGUCUCGAGCUCCUGGGCCAACUACAUAUCGCGCAACAGGACGUCGCUCCUGGUGUCGAAGGUGCUGAGCACGCUGGCCAAGUACGGCACCUCCUCGCUGCCCACGAGUCAGGAGCUGGAGGCGCUGUGUCUGAUUUUGACCGAGGAGUCGAAUGGCAGCCCUGCGCAGGCGGUCAUGACCUUCAACUCGCUCACGAUGGAGAUCGUUGCAAGCAACCCAAGUAAGCGAUACGGCUAA